UCGAAGGUGAAUGUUUCGUUCCCAUUCACAUUUGUACCAGUGAUACAUACGGCCAGCAUUAGCUUUUAGUUAAUUCUUGAUUUUCUUUUUGUUGUAUUUGAAAAGAUGUUACGUUUACGCCCAAAAUUGAUUCGAAAAUUUCUUUCGAGCCAGUCUCAGCUUACUGGUACCAGACAUUUAUCCUCACAAGGAUCAUCAAAGCUCAAAGCAUCAUUUUUACUUGGGACCGGAGCUGUUGCCGUAACAACUUUAACAUUGGCCUAUGCUAAAUAUGAUAAACAAUUUGCAGAUCAACUCACAUCAUAUGCGCCUUUCAUCAAAAAUUUGCUCGAAGAUAAUCCAACUUUAAAGGCAAAAGAUGAUGGAAUUUCGGAAUUUCAGAUUAUGAAAACUUAUAAACCGAUUGAAACAGUAAAAAGUAUUAGUAAUGUUCAACAAAAAUCUAAUGGAGAAGAAAAAGCUGUAACCGAGAAAAAAGAGGAACCGACAAAAAUGCCAGAACCACAAAAGAUAACCAAUUCAAAAUCAGAAAAUCAGCCUAAAAUAACGGAAAAAGAUUUGAAGAACGAAGUGGAAAAUCUUCAGCUUAAAGCACAUAAUCCAAAUGUACUUGAAGAUGAAUUCCGUGGGCAACUGAAAAGGCUAUUAUAUGCAUUCAAUGAAUUCUAUGAAGAAAAACGAAUUCUUUAUGAGACAGAAAACAAACGUAAACAAGAAGUUGAAAUGAAGAAUUACCUUAUCCAGGAAAGAGCGUCAAUGUCUGAAGAAUAUGAGAAAUCAAUGAAAAAAUUGAAACAGAUGGAAAAACUUUUACAGAUUCGAGAUCAAUUGGACAAACAGGAGAAGGCAUCCAAGAAAUUAUGGUUGCUUAGCCAAACAUUAUCCAAGCUGCUCGAACAUAAUCGAACUUUGAGCAAAGAAUCCACACCAAUUGACAUACAAGAAAAAAUCGAUUGCAUUCGAAAAAUUGUCGACGAAAAUUUCGCCAACGAAACAUUAAUACAAGUUGCAUUGAAAACACUUCCAGAGGAUGCUAUUAAAAGCGGUGUUUAUAGUGAAGAAGAUUUGGUACGUCGUUUCUAUAAUGUGCACAAGAUCUGUAAUCACGUUGCUUUGGUUGAUAAAGAAUAUACCAAUAUAUUUGGCUAUCUAAAAUCUUAUGCAUAUUCGUAUGUUCGACCAUUAUUUCAAAUAGAAUUUGAAAUAAGCCCAAAUCCAAUUAAAAUUAAGGAGAUACCAUCUGAAGAAUUGGAAGGAAAAAUGGAAAUUGAUCCAAAUGAAUGGGAUUCAUAUGAUAUUUUACAACGUGUGAAAUUAUGUGUUGAACAUCGUAACUUGGAAAUGGCCAUACGUUAUGCUAAUCUUUUGAAUGGUGAACCAUAUGUGGUAGCAAAGGAUUGGAUCAAAGAUGCACGAGAACAUUUAGAAGUUAAACAAGUGCUGGAGCUAGUACAGACUAAAAUCGCAUCAAUCAAUUUACAUCAGCUUUCAUUUAGUGCUUAAUUUAUUGUGUUAAUAAUAAAAUUAUGUUAUUGAAGAAAUAUAA